AAAACAUUUCCUCUCCAGAAAGAAAAGCUUACAUUGUGAGUAAAGCCACAUUACGGGAUUUAUCGAAGGUUUAAACCAACGUUCAAAAUGCUGAGUUUCGCAUUCACACUGUCGUUCGUCUUGAUCGUCGUACAACCAGACAGAGGUGCGGCAAAGCCAACUAUGGUAGACAUAUGCGCCGGAUGCAGUAUGAAGAAUGGCGUAGGCUACAUGAGACAUACUGAUUGUAACAAGUUCGUCCAUUGCUACGAAGACGGAGACAGCAAAGUCAUUGGAGUAGUACAGGAAUGCGGCCCGAGAAUGGCGUGGGAUCAAGACCUCCUGACUUGCGUCGCCUCAUCAACUUGCGCCGCUUCCUCUGGCAUAUGCGCCAGUGCAAAGGACGGCGCAACAUUUCCUGACCCGGUCAAUUGUAUAAGUUACUGGAACUGUUGGAAUGGGUAUCCGACCAAACACUGCUGCCCAGAUGGUCAGUAUUACAAAGAAAACACCGGUUGUACGCUAGACAGCUAUAAUAAAUGCGAUGGAUGGUGCUCCGUGUAUCAAUGGCCUACUACAAAAGAAAUUGUCCUCCGAUUCAACAAGGGGGUGCUUGCUGGCCGACUGGGCUUCGAUUCGUCCGUUAAGUUUGGAAUCCCGGGGUUUAUUCGUGGGACCCACUGCGCUCUUCAUGUAGGCAAGGCCGACGCGGCCAAUGGCGAUUGGUUCAAGGGAGAGAUGGAAGAGUUGUCAAUUAACAUAAUCUCACGAAUUGAGACGAAACCUUUUUCACCAAACCAAGUGCCUUUCUCCAACCACAGAGACCUUUCGCGACCACACAAUAUCAUCUCCAACAGCGACUGUGGCCUCACUCCAUCCAUUCUCAUCACCGAAGACAGCCAACGAAUAAAUUUCCACGUUGGUACAGUUACUAGAUCGAUGAAGUUCGAGACCGUUGUAUCUGUAAACCAGACAUCUUCUUAUGAUAAGGAAAUUGUCCUCCGAUUCAACAAGGGGGUGCUUGCUGGCCGACUGGGCUUCGAUUCGUCCGUUAAGUUUGGAAUCCCGGGGUUUAUUCGUGGGACCCACUGCGCUCUUCAUGUAGGCAAGGCCGACGCGGCCAAUGGCGAUUGGUUCAAGGGAGAGAUGGAAGAGUUGUCAAUUAACAUGUGUGACAUUUAAAGCGACACGAGCGUUUAUGAUUGAUAAUUUUGUAACCAUAUAAGAUAUUUCUAAAGUGUGACCACAUGUACAGUUUUAAUUCUGCUUUGGAUAUGGCAAAACAUUAUGUGUUGGAUAAACGUAUAGUAGUAUGUUCUCCCAUAUGAUAUGCAGUAUUAUGUUUAAGUUUUGAAAUGAUUAAGUUCAUGGUCAAGUUCUAUUUAUUUAUCUUUUUGAAAUUAUUGCUGGUAUAAUUUUAUUUUACUUACUUAUAAAUUUACAUUGAUCUUUGUACUUUAAUUACACACAAUAACAUUUGUUGUUCAACAUUCUUUGGAAAAUACUCUUUCCAUAACAUGAACUCCUCUAAUGUAUUUAAUAUGUUCUUAUAAACUUAAAAAUCUAUUGUA